CUUUCACAAACACAUCCUUCUCUCUCUAAAAAAAAACACUUCUCAGCGCCGGUCAAAUACUUGUCUCUCUCACUCUUUGUCUUGUCUCCUCUCUCGACGCUGUUCUGUAAGAGAUGGACGCAGGUGGUGCCGCGUACAACCCACGCACCGUUGAAGAGGUGUACAGAGAUUUUAAAGGUCGUAGAGCUGGCAUGAUUAAAGCUCUAACCACUGAUGUUCAAGAGUUUUACCGACUUUGUGAUCCUGAAAAGGAGAACCUGUGCCUGUAUGGGCAUCCUAAUGAGAACUGGGAGGUGAAUUUGCCAGCUGAAGAGGUUCCUCCUGAGCUCCCUGAGCCUGUCCUUGGUAUCAACUUUGCCAGAGACGGGAUGGCGGAAAAGGAUUGGUUGUCUCUUGUUGCUGUCCACAGUGAUGCUUGGCUUCUUGCUGUUGCUUUCUUUUUUGGAGCCAGGUUUGGAUUUGACAAGCCUGAUAGGAAGAGGCUUUUCAAUUUGGUGAAUGACCUCCCUACAAUUUUCGAGGUCGUGACUGGCACUGAGAAGAAACAGGGGAAGGAUAAGUCUUCUGUUUCCAACAACAGCAGCAACAGAUCCAAAUCAAAAUCAAACUCCAAGCGAGGAUCUGACUCCCGUGCCAAGUUCUCGAAGCCAGAGCCCAAAGAAGAAGAGGAAGAGGAAGAUGUGGAAGAUGAAGAAGAUGAGGAUGAGGAUGAGCAAGGAGAAACACAGUGUGGGGCAUGUGGUGAGAGCUAUGCAGCUGAUGAGUUCUGGAUCUGCUGUGACCUCUGUGAGAUGUGGUUUCAUGGGAAGUGUGUGAAGAUAACCCCAGCAAGGGCUGAGCACAUCAAGCAAUACAAGUGCCCAUCUUGUAGCAACAAGAGGGCUCGUGCCUAAAUUCAUUUUUGUGGCCGCCACUCUGUGUAUCUGCUUUGCAUAUGAUGAACAGCUUAACUGUUUGGUUAGAUCAGAUUUUUCAUGUGAUUUGGUAAUCUUAGGCUCUUUCGCCGGCUUAGGAAGACAUUUUUAGUUUUUCAUUGUUACGUUUGGCGAUUGAGGAAUAACUCUUGGGUUUUAGGGUUUGGUCUUUGGUCUGUUUUAUGUUUGUUUAUUAACAUUCUUGAACCCCAAUCAAAGUAUUUGGUUAGGUGUUUUGUCA